AUGAAACUGGCGCUGCUUCAAAGAUUCCGGUAUACAAAAGAAGGUUAUCGCGAAAGAUUUCGUGAGACGAAGCCCGGAGAUUGGGAAACAAGAAAACAGUUUGCAGCCAGGUUGACGGGGUAUUUCGAUAGGUGGAUCGAAGUGGCAGGUGUCGACAAGGCUUUCGAGGCGCUCCGGGACAGAAUGCUAAUGGAGCAGUUCAUGACGACUUGCGCUAGUAAGUUGAUGGUCUUUGUCGAAGAAAGACACUGCUUGACCCUAGAUGAUUUGGCUGAAAAAGCCGACGUCUUUCUGGAAGCACAGACUCAGCCGAGCGCUUUAAAAGCGAAGGUAGAGGGACAAGACCCGAAAACCAGUGCAGGUACAGUCCCUAAAGCUUUCAGAGAGGACACACGGAGGAUCCUCCGAUGCUUUUUAUGCAAUAAGGUAGGACACAAAGCCGAGAAUUGCAAGGGUCGCAAUCAACAAUACAAACAAUCGACAUGUUGGCACUGCGGCCGGAUGGGACACAAGGCCGACAAAUGCACUAUGAGGGCCGGCGAUACACCACAAGCUUCGUGCCUGUGGACAGCCUCCGACGAAAUGGCAGGCGAACCAGAUGAGACCUACCUUACGUUAAAGAACGGCGACAAAAUACCAGUUGUUAACGCAGCUGUAGGGAGGCCACCCAAGUUUCUGGUGGAGAAUAUGCCUGUGGUCGAAGGCCGCAUUGGCGAGAGAAGAGUUACGGUGCUUCGGGACACUGGCUGCAAUACAGUAGUCGUAAGAAAGAACUUAGUGCCCGUUGGGUGCUACACUGGAAACUGUAGUCCCGUAUAUUUACUGGACCGAACAGUGAAAUACUUACCUGAGGCGGAAAUUGUGAUCAACACACCCUUUCUGGCAGGAAAAGUGGUGGCGAAGUGCAUUGACGAUCCCCUAUACGACUUAGUGCUUGGCAACGUUCCACAAGUGAGAGAUCCCAACGAUCCGAACCCAUAUUGGGAUUCCGAUCAACAACGAAGUGAGGAGAUGAAGACACCUACUGUCCAGGGAGUUGGCCACCAGCUGGACAAGAGAGCCGAGGUGCCAGAGAGGAAGGACCACAAAGAGGCCUCUCCGUACGACUCAGAAAACACGGACUUGGGACUGAUAACUCCGCUUUCAAGUACCGCGGGAGUGGGAGAGUCGAGGAAGAAUAAGAGCGGGAACAAAGCGGAACCUCCACUGAAUGUGCCACAGGUACCGAUUCUCGAAACGACAGUCGAGGAGCUAUCGACAGAACAGAGGAACGAUGCGUCCUUAAGGAAAUGUUUCGACAAGGUCGGAAAGGUGGUAAAGAGACACAAGUGUCGUACGAAGUAUGAAAUGGUGAUAAAGAACAACCUGCUUUUUCGGAGCUGUAUGUUUUCCACCGGGAGGAGUAUAGAGCAGCUGGCUCUUCCAGCAAGAUUUCGACCAACUGUCAUGGCAAUGGCACACGAUGGUAUCAUGUCAGGCCACCAAGGCAUGAAGAACACGCUCGCGCUAACGGCUGAAGAGUUCUUUUGGCCGGGAAUGCAGAGUGACAUCAAGAUGUACGUGCGCUCCUGCGAUGUAUGCCAGCGCACGGUGCCAAAAGGCAGAGUAGGCAAGGCGGCUCUUGGGACAAUGCCUGCCAUCGAGACGCCAUUCAAGAGGGUGUCGAUCGACAUCAUCGGGCCGAUCAACCCAACGGCGAGUUCGGGCAACCGAUAUAUUCUGACCAUGGUGGACGUCGCCACAAGGUACCCGGAUGCUAUUCCAUUAAGAAGCAUCGGCACGGAGAAAGUGGCAGAAGCCUUGGUGGAAAUGUUCUCUAGGUAUGGAAUCCCGAAUGAGGUUCUUAGCGAUAGAGGUUCCUGCUUCACGUCGGACCUCAUGAAAGAGGUAAGCCGGCUGCUGUCCAUGAAGCAUCUCAUGACUACAGCCUACCAUCCGAUGGGGAACGGGUUGGUGGAAAGAUUUAAUGGAACCAUCAAACAGAUGAUUAGAAGCAUGUGUCAAGAAAGGCCCAAGGACUGGGACAGGUACCUACCGGCACUACUGUUCGCCUACAGGGAAGUGCCACAGGCAAGCCUGAAGUUUUCACCAUUUGACCUACUAUACGGCCGAAGAGUUCGGGGACCUUUAGCCAUCCUUAAGGAGAUCUGGUCCAACGAAACGCUCGAAGACGACGUGAGGACGUCCUACGGUCACGUACUCGAGCUAAGAGAAAGACUACGAAGAACAUGUGAGUUGGCUCACCGCUUCUUGGAAGAGGCCAAGAUCAAGUACAAGGAGCACUAUGACAAAAAGAGCGUCAACCGCCAACUGAAAGAAGGGGACUUGGCCCUCAUUCUCCUACCGAGCGACCACAACAAGUUAAUAAUGCAGUGGAAAGGACCAUUUGUAGUAUCCUGCAAAAAGAACGAAGUGGACUACGAGCUCGAUGUUGGAGGACGCAAGAAGGUGUUCCACGUGAAUAUGCUCAAGAGAUACCAAGAGAGGGUCGAGGUCGAACGGAGGCAGCCAAGCUGCAGUGCGGCAACGCAGGAACUUGGCGAGGCUACACUUGCUGGAGAGGCCAACAAAGCAUCGACGCCUGAUAUCGUGAUUGCACAUGACUGGAAAGAGGUCACGGUCAACGAUGACCUGGAUGACGAUGAGAAAUAUGAGGUGUGGAGGUUGAUCGAACAGUAUAAGAGCAUAUUUUCAGAUCUUCCAGGUCAGACUAACUUGAUCACGUGCGACCUGAAAUUGACAACCGAAGAGCCUGUGCGGGAACAGGACUUUCACAUCGAAUACAUUAAGGGGAAAGACAAUGUUGGAGGAGACUUCUUAAGUCGUCUAGAGAGCUAA